CUCCGGAUGCAAAUCAUUCAAUGAUAAGUCGAUUGAAUCGAUGUGUUUGUGUCAGUGAACAGCAGUUUUGUGGCAAACAUAUCACCCAUUGAUCGCUCAUUUCAAUGAAAACUAAUUUGUUUUGAUUUCUAGUCUUUUAAUACACUUUUUAUUCACAUUUUAAUUAUUGUUUUGUUUUUAAGUUUGAAUUUUAUUUUAAAUACAAUUUCUAUUAUUUUUGAAACCAUUUUGUGAUAAAUACGAGUGACUUCUUGUAAACCAAAUGCAAAUGAUGUCCAAAAGUGAUGACCCAAAGGGUGUGGAAGCGAACGGUGCGGACGACCAGACGGCACAACUGCUGGACGGCCGGCCACCCGAUGAGCUCAAGAACUGGAUGACCAAUAUAUCGGUGACACUGCAAGACAUACCCAUCUGGAGGCUAACCAUUCCUGGAUCGCACGAUUCGGGCGCUUAUGGUCUGUCUGUGGACUUAGGUGUGUCUCCCGAUCGACCGGAUCUCCAGAACUCAUUGUGGGUCCGACUCUUCCAUUGCUUCGCUUUGCCGACAAUCCAUCGCUGGACUAAAACCCAAUCCCUGGACGUGACGAAGCAAUUGAAUGCCGGCAUCCGUUACAUCGACUUCAGAAUCGCUUCCAGAAUAGCCGACGACAACCUCUACUUCUGUCACGGAUUAUACGGACCCGAAGUGAGCGAAAUGUUGGACCAAAUCAACGCAUUCCUGCAACAAAACCAAAGAGAAAUCGUUUUUCUCGAUUUCCAACACUUUUACAGUCUUUCAGACGCCGAUCACAAACAGCUGAUCGCGAAGAUUAUCCAUACGUUCGGCCGACGACUAGUUCCCUACUCUUCGCAGCUAUUGAUGGAUAAGAUAACGCUUAAGUACUUAUGGGACAAACGGAUGCAAGUGUUUGUCUAUUACCGCAACGAAAGCGCACGACUAGAGUCGCACGUCUUAUGGCCGUCUCGGUGUCUGCCCAACCCGUGGGCCAACACAAUGAGUAGAGAGAAGUUGACUCACUUUUUGGACAAAGAGAUUGCCGGCCGACCACUCAAUAGUAUGUUCGUAACGCAGGGCAUACUGACGCCCAGUAACCGAUACGUUGGAUUUCAUUUCUAUUCAUCCCUGCGCUACGAUUUGGCCGAUAUCUGCAACAAUUGUAUCACUAAAUGGCUCGACGAUCAAAGCGCCGGCAAUAAAGGGCCUAAUAUUGUAAUGUCUGACUUCAUAGAGUGGAAUAACUAUGAGAUACCCAUUAAGACGAUUAGACUCAAUGAUAAAUUAGCAUUCAAUGCAAAACAGUAAUGUUUUUAAAUAAUAUUUCAAUUUAUU